UCCUGAAUCCCAAAUCGUGAAACAACCUGGUGGUCUUAAAACACUUGUACCGAGGUCUAGACCGUCUUAUAACAAUUCCAGCAGGGACGAUUCUGAUGAUGAUUAUGAGGUUCCAUCAUCAAAGACAAAAUCGAAUCCAAAAACAAAUCGAAAGAGGAAAAGGGACAAGAGUGCAAGUUCUGAUGAUGAAUUCGACAUGGACUAUUCGCAAUCUCAGGAGUUCUCAACAUCAGCAAACGAGAGCAGUUCUUCGAGUCAACUCAAACCCAUGAAGAAACGAGGAAGGAAACGAAGAAGCGAUGAUGACAACGUCUGGAACAACCAUAAUGGUGUGGAGCGUUCCUCUCGUUCAGCCCACAAUGAUAUGGAAAGGAGGCGAAGAGUUGGCCUCAGAGUUUUGUUCGAGGAACUACGACAGGCAGUUCCACAACUGAGCUCUCGAGAAAAGGCUCCAAAGGUGUCAAUUUUAAGAGAAGCGGGAGCCCUUUGUCGAGAACUGAGAGCACGAGAGGAGGAGAUGAAAUUUCAAAAGAGGGAACAAAAAAGACUUUUGGAACGAGUCAGGGAGCUGAGGCGAGAACUUGCAAGUUCGAGAGCAUAAACAACAAAUCACUAUUAAUUAAUUCAAAAAGGUUUCUGUAGAUAUAUUAUCACUCACUGACAUACACACAUACAAUUGCAUGUACAUUUAAUAAUCAUUACGUUUCACACAAACUCAUGCAUGAUUUAGAUCGAAUGAUAUUAUAUAAUUCAUAUUGGACAGAAAUAUUAUUUAUGGUAAUUAUUUUUCUAUAAGCUGUAUAUAUUUUUUUUGGAAAAGCUUGCGUACUAGUUAAGUCUUGGGAAUUAAAUGACUAAUGAUUAA